AUGAGUUUGAGAUCCAAAAGUCUUGCCUCCGACAAAGAGGAGCAUUCUGUACAGGCUGGCAACUAUGGUCUUACCUCUGCUCCUACAUCACCUAAUGCAAAUGCAAAGUCCGAUAACCCUCACGUCGACGAAAAGUCAGGUGCUCCUCGGUCGAUAGAGAUAACAGAUUCCGAUCAUGAGUUGGCAAAGAUUGACACCUCCGCUCCAAAAGGAGUUCGAGAGAUCCAAGCCAUGACCUACUCAUUGUCUAAGAAAGACCUCAUUGCUGCUUAUAUCAUGGUGUGGCUAAUAGAAUUCAUGCUUACAUGGACUUCAGGCACUGUGGGAACGCUAACCCCUUACAUUACUAGCUCCUUCCGGGAGCACUCAUUCACGGCGCUUACCGGUGUUAUUGCAUCCCUUGUCGGAGGCAUCUGGAAGCUGCCGUACGCAAAAAUCAUGAACAUCUGGGGCCGUCCCCCCGCUCUUUACCUUGGAGUAGCCUUCACAACCAUUGGGAUAGUCAUGAUGGCUGCCUGCAACAGUGUGAAGACAUACUGUGCUGCGCAGGUGUUCUUCACUGUAGGCUACAGGUCUAUUGACUUCUCGCUGAUAGUCUUCAUCUCCGACACAUCCAAGGUCAAGAACCGAGGAUUCUUCCUUGGAUAUCUUGGUUUACCUUGGCUAAUCACCACCUUCCUCUACGGACUUACAGUGGAUAGGAUUGUCAGUCCUGGUGGAAUAGGCCUAAGAUGGGGCUUUGGUAUCCUCGCCAUCCUUGUCCCUAUCGUCUGCUUACCGCUGAUCGGCCUCCUAUAUAUCAACCAGGCCAAGGAGCAGAAGCAAGGCCUGAUCGAACCCCGGCCCACUCCUGCAACUUCCAUUCAAAAGCUCAUACACUAUGGCAAGGAAUUCGACGUUGCCGGAUUGCUCAUUCUUGCGACAGGAGUGGCGCCAUUCUUUCUCAGCUUUAACCUCUACUCGUACCAAGCCGAGCGAUGGAAGUCUCCCGUGAUUAUUUGCUUUAUCAUUUUGGGGGCUCUUCUAAUUAUUCUCUUUGGAAUAUGGGAGAAGUACUUUGCAUCAAUCCCAUUCAUUCCCUAG